AUGUCCGAUGGAGAAGAUGGGGUUCCUCAGGAGGAGGAAGAGGAGCCGGGGGAAGGUGAAGGAGAACGUCCCAAACAGAAGCCCCCGGUGUCCCAACUUGCGGCCCCUAAGAUCCCAGGGGGCGACCGGGUGGACUUUGAUGACAUCCACAGGAAGCGCAUGGACAAGGACCUGCUGGAGCUCCACACGCUCAUCGGCGUCCACUUCCACCAGCGGCGGAAGGAGGAGGACGAGAUCGUGGCACUCAAAGACAGAAUAGACAACCGGCGUUCGGAGCGCGCCACGGAGCAGAGGGUUCGAGCGGAGAAGGAACGACACCGCCAGGCCAGGAUAGCGGAGGAGCGCCAGAGGAAGGAGGAAGAGGAGGCGAAGAAGAAGGCAGAGGAUGACGCCAAGAAGAAAAUGGUCCUCUCCAACAUGGGAGCUCACUUCGGCGGCUUCCUGGCUAAGAUAGAGCAGAAGCGAGGGAGGAGGCAGACAGGCAGGGAGGUGAAGACGAAGACGCUAGCAGAGAGACGCAGACCGCUGGUCCUCGACAACCUGAAGGAGGAUGCCCUCAGAGAGCGAGCGGCUGAGAUGUGGAGCAGGAUCCACCUGUUGGAGUCUGAGAAGUUUGAUCUGACAGAGACCACCAAGAAACAGAAAUAUGAGAUCAAGGUGCUGUUGAACAGAAUCCAACAUGCUCAGAAAUUUAAAAAGGUUCACGGGAAGGGAAAGGUCGGAGGUCGUUGGAAGUGAUGACCUUUGACCUGCUGGACGUGACCCCCGACAGAUGCAGAGAAACACUUUAAUAGAAAUAUGUAGUUUUAUUGUAGAGUUAAAACGUCUUGCUGUGCAAUAUUAUAUGAUAUUAUAGUGUCAAUACAAUAUUUCUGUAGCUAAAUGUGUGUUGUUCUGUUUGAGUGUCUCUGUUCAUCUACGUAUUGUCCAAUAAAA